AUGUCCCGCAAAGGGGUAGGCCUGGCCGCCUUUGACCGUUCUCGCCUCACCUCGGCCCAGUUCGCAUCCCAUGGCACCUCGCUGCGGACCACCAACGCCCAAGCCCUGGAGACCCAGCUUUCCGUCUUCCGCUCGCUGCUCCAGCAGUUUGCUCAAACCUAUGCCAAGGACAUCCGAUCCAACCCGGCCUUUCGCGCCCAGUUCGCCCGCAUGUGCGCAGCCAUCGGCGUGGACCCACUGGCCUCGUCCUCAUCGUCGUCUUCCAGCUCCGGCGCUGGCAACAUCUGGUCGCAGCUGCUAGGCCGCAGCGUCAAUGACUUCUACUUCGAGCUCGCCGUGCGAGUCGUCGAGACGUGCAGUGCCACGCGUGGUGAAAACGGGGGGCUCAUUGGCCUCAAGGAGCUUCGUGAGCGUGUCAUGCGCGGCCGUAUGGAGGGCGCCCCAGAGGUCACCGAGGACGACGUGUUCCGAGCUGUUGGUACGCUCAAACCUCUGGGAGGUAGCUACUCGGUCAUCAAGGUCGGCAACAAGUCCUAUAUCCGCUCGGUGCCCAAGGAGCUCAACACCGAUCAGAGUGCGGUGCUGGAGGCGGUCCAGGUACUGGGCUAUGUGAGUGUCUCCAUGCUCAUGGUAAACCUCCGGUGGACUCGGGCAAGAGCCCAGACCGCCGUAGAAGACCUUCUAGGCUCGGGUAUGCUCUGGGUGGAUAAGCAGGCCGAGGAGUGGGAGUAUUGGAGUCCUGGCUUCAUGCUGGGCGCGGCUGGUAUCGGAGGCUGA